AUGGCUCAUAUCGCAAUCUUACUUCCCUUGAUGAUUCUAUCCACAUGGAAUGUCCACGGAGCCUUCAGUUGUAUACCGGAAAUUUCUGAUGUUAUAGCAUUCUCCGACAUUUCUUUCAUAUCUGAACAUUGGCGACCAAAUAACUGCUUACCAAUUUUGAGUUCACAUUUUAAGCAAGACGUUAUUUGCAUUGCAAACCCCGGAACCACUACAAAUAACAUAACAAGAGGUGGUGUAGCCUUUAUUGUCAGAAAAUCUACAGAAUACUCUGUUCGAGAAAUCAAGACAACAAACAAUCGAAUACUGACAAUAGAGAUUGUGUUUGGGUCUGACAAACUAUUUAUCAUCGGAUCCCUAUUGCCCUCGACAAAUUUACCCAUUAAUGAAUACAAAAGUGUUUUGUGUGACGUAUUUGAUCUCUGUGAUAUCUGUGAUGAACUCAGUGAAUCUGGUCCUGUGAUACUCUGUGGAGACUUCAAUACAGAUAUCAAAAAUAAACCUACAAGUCCAAAGUCAAAACUUUUGACUAAUAAUAUGGCAGAAAGAAACUUGUAUAGUGUUUUUCAGACUGAGUGCAAUAUUGUCUCAUUCCAAACUAAAGACAAAAAGAUUAAAACAGUACUGGAUUACAUUUUUGUUCCUGAAUGGUUGGCGUCUGAAGUCAAAUAUAAAGAGAUAUAUAAAGGUUUCAAAUACGAAAUAUCUGAUCAUUUCCCCCUCUUCUCUGAAUUCAACAUCAAAAAUAUAUUCAGCUGCCUUCCUCCAGAUCUAUCUCGUAACAUUCCAAAGUGGUCAAUUGCAGAUUCAAAUAAUCUACAAGCGUACAAAAACACAUGUGAUCAUCUUCUCAGCACUUUUCAAGCAGAUGGUGAACCGGAUUAUGACAUUGACCAACAUCUGAUAAAUAUAACGGCCACUCUUUUAUUUGCAUCUGAUUUUCACAUUCCAUACGGAAAAGUUAGACCUUUUUUAAAGCCCUACUGGAAAUCUAACAAUCUAGAUCAUGCUCACUAUGAUAUGCGAUGUGCUCGACGCCUCUGGAAAUCGGAGGGUUCUCCGAGGUCCAAGGAAUCCGAUUCUUUUGUUAAAUAUAAAAAAGCAAAAUGUGUUUUUCGAAAACUUCAUAGAUUAGCAGUAAAAACCUGGCAUACUUCCAUAUUUAAUGAAAUUGAAAAGGCAACUGAAUUAGACAUAGGUACCUUUUACAGAACAGCGUGGAAAAAUUCAAAACGAGCGUCCUCUACACUCCCUAAACAUCUAAAGUACAUGGAUAGUACAGCCGAUAAUGUUAUAGACAUGUGCAACCACUGGAGAAAAUAUUAUUCUGAUCUUGCCGAGGAGAAACACACUCCAAACAAAUUUGAUGAUUCAUUCAAAGAACAUAUUGAUGAAUAUGUAAAUCAUCUAGAUAGUGAGUCCAGAAGCUUCUCCCAAUCUACUCUUGUACAGGAUCCAUUAUCGACUGAGGAAAUACGGCAACAUAUUACAGCAAUAUCAAAGGGAAAAGCAGCGGGUCCAGACUUUCUUACAAAUGAACACAUCAUAUACGGCGGAAACAAACUCGUAGAUCAUUUAUGUAUUCUUUUCAACCACAUAUUGCAAUGUACAUAUGUUCCUGAAAUGUUUAAGGUUGGUAAAGUAAUCUCUAUCUACAAAGGCAAAAAUAAAGAUAAAUGUAACCCUACAAACUACAGAGGUAUUACAUUGACUUCUGCAAUAAGCAAACUAUUUGAAAAGGUUAUUCUAUCUCGCAUUGAAAAUGAAUUAACUGAAAAGCGCAUCUUAUUUCCACAUCCGUUACAAUUUGGUUUCAGAAAUGAUCAUGGUGCUAUACCAGCCUGUUAUGUCUUGAAAGAAGCCAUUGGCUAUUAUGUAUCAAGGGGUUCGCCAGUCUUCUGUGCUUUUUUAGAUAACGAAAAGGCUUUUGAUAGAAUAUGGCAUAAUGGCCUUUUAUUUAAACUGCAUACUCUUGGAAUUGAUGUAGAAUAUGGAAAAUCCUGA